AUGACCUCAAGCAACCCCUCAUACCUUAUUAUUGGCGCGGGUGUCUUUGGUGUAUCAACCGCCUACCACCUCAUCCAGAAGUAUCCCAAUGCAUCGGUAACUCUGGUCGAUCGAGAUGCAUAUGAUGCCGAGUCACGUGUGGCUGCAUCAUGGGAUUGGAACAAGGUUAUUCGCGCCGACUACGACGACAAGAUCUACUGCAGACUUGCUCUUGAGGCUCAAGAAAUUUUCAAAACCGACCCUCUUUGGCAGCCACACUUUCACCAGACUGGCGUUUACUGGACGUGCCGCAGCGACUACGCCCAAAAUGUUAUCACAAAUCACAAGGAACUUGGUCGCCAUGAUGACAUCAUUGCUCUUCCUGUUGCUGAAGCUAGAAAGCUUUAUGGAGGAGUCUUUAAUAAUGCUGACUACACCGGUGUCAAGGAGGUUCUCGUGAACAGGGCUAGUGGCUGGGCUGCCGCCGGAGAUGCUCUUCGAGCAGUGACCAAACGGUGCUUAGAAUUGGGCGUCUCGUACAUCACUGCAUCCGUUACUAACCUCGAGUUCGACGGUCGUGGGUCUUGCACCGGUGUGAAGACACGAGCUGGAGAGACAUUGUCGGCGUCGCAUGUUGUCGUCGCUGCCGGCGCUUUCACACCGACAUUGCUAGAGUGGAGUGCUGUGAAGAGCGGCAACCCUGGGCUACGAGCUGGAGAGCGAAUUGUUGCAGCUGGUAUUACGACCGGAAUGGCACAACUCAACGAGGAGCAAUACGAAAAGUUCAAAGAUAUGCCUGUUGGCUUCCAGGGUUACACACCAGAUGAAGGAAAACCCUUCAUUGGCAGCAUUCCUCCUACUAAAGACCGGGAGCUCAAGUGGUGGGGAUCUAAGAUUUUCACAAACACUCGAGAGGUAUUCCCUGGGCAUUACAUCUCUUCUCCUCCACCCACGCAUGACUACAACCAGUGGAAGGUUCCAGGACCUCUCAAGCAGGAUAUCAUAGAGUCCAGGAAUCUGUGGUAUGGACCCGAAAGUGCCACAUGGGAGAUGACGAAACACCGCAUUUGCUGGGACGCUUUCACCACUACCUCGGACUUUAUCAUUUCGCCUCACUCUGCUUCCAAAGGACUAUACAUCGCUACUUGUGGUUCAUUCCAUGGAUACAAGUUUUUCCCCGUCCUUGGCAAGUACAUCACGCAGAUGCUUGACGGAGAAUUGGCGCCCGAAUUGAUAGAAAGGUGGGCAUGGGACAGACAGCGACCUGACUCUUCCCAAAAUGUGGAGUACCCAAACUCUGAGAUGAAGCAUUUACUGGAACCUGCAGCGAGGCUGUAG